AUGAAGAGGAUGAUGAUUAUAAUUGCUGCAAGAAUGAUGACGACAUGGAUUGUAGCGAUUGAAGUUGAUGAUAACGAAGUUUUAAGAAAUAAUGAAGAGGAUGAUGAUUAUAAUUGCUGCCAGAAUGAUGACGACAUGGAUUAUAAUGAUGAUUUUAACGAUCUUUUUGUUAAUUGUCUUUUCUUGAAUUUGCAAAUUCCUCACGCUGUUAAUCAUUUUUUCUGGAUAGAAGUUGAUGAUAACGAAGUUUUAAGAAAUAAUGAAGAGGAUGAUGAUUAUAAUUGCUGCAAGAAUGAUGACGACAUGGAUUUUGAUGAUAACGAAGUUUUAAGAAAUAAUGAAGAGGAUGAUGAUUAUAAUUGCUGCCAAAAUGAUGACGACAGUGAUUGUAGCGAAGUUGAUGAUAACGAAGUUUUAAGAAAUAAUGAAGAGGAUGAUGAUUAUAAUUGCUGCCAGAAUGAUGACGACAAAGUUGAUGAUAACGAAGUUUUAAGAAAUAAUGAAGAGGAUGAUGAUUAUAAUUGCUGCCAGAAUGAUGACGACAAAGUUGAUGAUAACGAAGUUUUAAGAAAUAAUGAAGAGGAUGAUGAUUAUAAUUGCUGCCAGAAUGAUGACGACAAAGUUGAUGAUAACGAAGUUUUAAGAAAUAAUGAAGAGGAUGAUGAUUAUAAUUGCUGCCAGAAUGAUGACGACAAAGUUGAUGAUAACGAAGUUUUAAGAAAUAAUGAAGAGGAUGAUGAUUAUAAUUGCUGCCAGAAUGAUGACGACAAAGUUGAUGAUAACGAAGUUUUAAGAAAUAAUGAAGAGGAUGAUGAUUAUAAUUGCUGCCAGAAUGAUGACGACAAAGUUGAUGAUAACGAAGUUUUAAGAAAUAAUGAAGAGGAUGAUGAUUAUAAUUGCUGCCAGAAUGAUGACGACAGUGAUUGUAGCGAUUGUUGGAUGGUGGUAGCAGGUUUUGUUCCUUUGUUUGGACAGAUAAUGCUAAAUGCCAAGGUUGAGAAUGGAGAUGAAAGAAUGAGAUUGGUUUGGUUGGCUGCAGAGCUGGUUAGUGACAAAGAAUGA